AUGUCGACUAAUUCAUUCCUGGACAAACCGUUGCUCAAAGUCAGCCGACCGGUGGCUGCAUGCUCAAGAUGUCGAACGGCUAAGAUCAAAUGUGACGGGAAGCUGCCGGCUUGUUCCGCUUGCGAGAGGGUGGGCAAGGCCAACACCUGCUCCGGCGCCAGUGACGAAUUUGCCCGAGGGAAAGAGAGAAGCUACGUUGCGUCCUUGGAGGGCUAUUGCGAACGACUUGAGAGCAGAAUCGAAGACCUACGGCGCCGUAAAGAAUCCCUAUCCACCGACGAGUCGGGGUACGUACGGCAAAGCUCGAUAACCUCGCGCUCAUCCGCCGAUCCUGUCGGGCACGCGCAUCGGAAAGAGGUGUCCGAUAUCGAUGAUCUAGUAGGAGACUUUGGUUUCCUGUCUGUCAAUGCGACCUCUCGGGAUUUCAAUGGCAUCCAGUCCAACACGUCCUUUGCCAACCUUCUCCUGUCUCUGUCUGUUGCCAAACCCAUACCCAAGCAGUCGAGCCAGCUACUCCCCGCACGUCACGAAAUCACCUCGCUUUUGCAACACUACUUCGACACUUUCUUCACCCAAUUGCCCUUUUUUGCCGAGACGGGAUUUUGGACCUCGGUGGAUAUUGUCUACCAGGCCGGCGGCCGUUUCGCAAAGCCCAUCGACCAUUGGUUUUUACGAAUGGUCUUAGCCAUCACGUACGCGUCGAUAUCGUAUCAGUUCGGCGACCAGAACUACCAGAAUGCCAUGUCCUUGGCUUCUUCGGCUUUGGAUUAUGCCGAGGACGUCCUGCAGCCAGGGUCCAUCGCCGGCGUCCAGGCGAUACUGCUACUUGCUCAGUAUUCACUCGUUGACCCCAAACAUUUUCGGUCCUGGUACCUCGUGGGUAUGGCCGGCCGGGUUAUGGUUGAUCUGGGCUUGCACCAGGAUCCACCGUCCGAUGUCCCCGUGUCAGACGAGCAAUUAGACCUCCGCCGUCGGGUAUGUCAUAGCGUCUUUUCCCUGGACAGGAGCGUCAGUACCGCGAUGGAGCGGACCUUCUCGUUUUCCGACGACUCGGUCAACGUCGCUUUGCCGUCGGCGCCAGGUAGCGGAUCGACCGAGCAGAGCCACAUCUUCUUACACCGUUCGGAGCCGGCAUGGCACCUGGUCAAAAUUCGGCAAAUUCUGUCGGCGGCUUAUCAGAGAAAAUAUUUCAACGUGUCGGAUUCUGUCCCGCAUUGGCUCGCAUCCAACUGGACGCUGUUCUCGAGGACGCGCGAGUGGUUCGACCAUACCCCCAAGGUCGUCCCCCGCUACUUUCCCAUGCUAUAUAAGUUGGAGCUACUAUACACGAACGUGAUGAUCCUGUCGCCCACCAGUCAAUAUUCGACUCUGUGCGACUAUGACAAAGUCCUGUUGUUUGAUCGAUGCAUCCAGUACAUCGCCGAACUCCACCGGAUUCUGCAGAACGACAGCUGGCUGCCAUAUAUGACCUUCCUCGAUAUCCAACGAGCAUACCAGGUGGGCCAGCGCUUCAUCGACCUCGUUGCGCGGGAUUUUGACUUCGUGCUGAGCCCAUCCGUGCCGGAGCUUCCGCCGCUGCCCUACGAGACGCUUACGCCGCCGAACUUAGAAGUUGAUCGCACCAUCAACUGCCAGGGCCGGGCCAUGGAAUGUGUGUUUUUCACCCAGAACAUUCUGCAGUUUGGCGUGAGAAAAUGGAAGAUUACCGAACUGUUUGACACAUUUCAACAUCAGUCGACUUGGCUCCGGGGCCAACUUAUGCAGCCAUCGGUCGCCUACUUGCCGGCGUCUGGAGCUUAUGUCUCCGGUCCAUUGCCUGCCGCGGGGGCAGGAUAUGGCGGGUAUUAG